AUGGGUACUCAUAAAACACGAACAACUUCUUACCACCCACAAUCUGAUGGAAUGGUAGAACGAUUUAAUCAGACAUUGGAAAGGUACCUGGCAAAAGUUGUGGAAAAACGGCAACGAGACUGGGACAGGCACAUACAACCGUUUUUGUUGUCAUAUCGAAGCGCUGUUCACGAAAGUACAUCAGUAACGCCAGCUUUCGCAAACUUUGGGAGAGAAUUACGGCUGCCUGUAGACCUGAUCACCGGAAUACCACCUGAUGCCCCACGCAGUAUAACCGAUUAUGCAAACGAUUUGCGGAACAAAAUGAAUGACAUUUAUGAGCACGUCAGACAGACGGGCCAGCAAACGUCUGAGAAGAUGAAAACACGGUAUGACCGCAAAAUGAACAACAAGGGGUUUGAUGAAGGUUCACUAGUGUGGUUACACAAUCCAGUUCGCAGCAAAGGGAAAUCUCCUAAGCUUCAAGCUAAAAGGGGACAGACCGUACCGGAUUGUGACAAGGAUCAAUGA